UGAAUAUAAUAAUGAAUUGUUUCAGCUUUAAUUGAUAGUUGAUCGUAAUUGAAAUACUUACGUGCGGCGUUGCUAUGUAUUUAGCACAAAAAUUCCGGAGCGAGAUAUAUGAAAGCUUGCAGAGCGAGAGAUCCAGAUUUGAAUAAAUGUGCAUUGAAAAAUGGCAAUGAAGCAAUUCGAUAUAUUGUUAAAGGAGACCGUAAAUACAGAAUUCCUAGAAUGAUACCACUGGAAAUUCCAAGUGUAACUGUUAAAGGUGGUAAAAAUUUGAAUGUAAAGAUGGAUAAUCUGAAAAUAUAUGGACUCGAUAAAGCUAAGUUAAUCGAUAUCAACAUUGAUCUACCAAGAAAAAUCUUCAAAAUUGUAUUGAGUGCUGAAACCAUUACUGUUAUUGGCGAUUACGAUAUUGAUGCCAAAGUCCUCAUACUACCAAUUAAAGGGAGAGGACCUUCUAAUAUAACACUGUACAACCCAGUCAUAACAUAUACCCAAGAAUUUGAACUCGAAAUGAGAAGAGGUGACUAUCAUGGUUACAUAAAGAAUUCUGAAUUGCAUUAUGAAAUAGAUAGAGUCUUUUAUUACUUUGGAAAUUUAUUUGAUGGAAAUGAACAAUUAGGUAUUGAAACAAACAGACUGCUGAACGAAAACUGGCCUAUUGUCCACAACGACUUAUCCAGACCAGUAGGAGAGACAAUACUAGAAGUUAUAAACAGUAUAAUAGAAAAUGUGUAUGAUUUGAUUCCUUAUCAAAGUAUGAUUUUGUUCGAUUAGCUCCUGAUUCUUGUUUUAUAUAGAGACAUUUUUCAAUCAACAGCUAUCAUUUCAAAAUAGAGGAUAUUAAUAAUUUAUAAUACUCCACUAGUUGAUUGAAUUGAUUUUGAUACAUCCAGUUUGUAUGAUCUUGAUAAUAUUGAUUCUUCAUAAUUUCAAAUCUGUUCAUAAUAUGUACAUAAUAUAGAAAUACAAUAAAAAUAAAUAUUUUUACAUAGGUAAACAUAGA